UACACAAGAUAGAUCAUAAGAGGAACAAAAAAAAAAAAUUGGCUUCCCUUUAUAUUUUUUUUUUUUUACAUUUAAAAAUGUAUUUAAAAAUAUGGAAAACGGAUGGAACUGAUAUACACACUUGGAUGCAAUUCAACAAGCGAUGAUUAUACUUUUUCUCUAAUCUUUGGCAAUGACAUUCGGGAAAGAAUUGCCCUUGGCAUUGUCUCUGAAGUAAGUUAGUCGAGUGAGCGAUACUAUAGCAUCAAUGUGAUAACCGGUUUAUAAUUUCAAUCAAAAGCAGGCGGCGCAAAUCUUACACGUGAUUCAGACAUGCAUUCGUCCAUUACAAAGAUAUAUAUAUGACCUUGGUGUCUUAGUACAAUUUGCAGGAAUAGAGGUCUUUACUCGUGUUGUACACUAUUUCUUCAUCCAACACGACGAGUUAACGUUUCCUUGCGGCCUUUAUCGUUCUCCAAUUCUACAAUUAUAUAAAAAUCAUUAUUUUCGAAUAAUUUUGCACAAACAAAGUCGUUUAAUACAAAAAUUCGAUGGAACAUUCUCCGAUUAAAAAUUCUCCAAAUAAAAAGAGAAACAUCUCGAUUCGUUCGGUUGAUAGAUUUUUAACGAUCUAAUAAAAAAGUAAAUAUUGCUCGGAGACAAUUAACUAAUGAAACCAAUUCUUUCAAAGUAUUACAUCAUUCCUGACCACCAUUUCUUCGAAGAAUGAUGAUUCCAUCCGUCUGUUUUUUUUUUAAAUUUAAAUAAAAAUCAAUUCAACGAAUAAUCACUUCGUGUAAAUUUUAUUUUCUAGCUUUGCAUAAGUCCGUUCGUAAAAAAAAAAAUAAUUUCAUCUACGAGUCAUAAAGAUUCUGUAAUUCAAUACAGAGUGGAAUAGUUGGCCGGCAAACGAAUAAUCUUGCUCGUUCGAAGUAUUUCUUCGCGGUGGCAGGGAACAAGGUCGCGAAGUAAUUCGCUGCCGGUGGUCGUUGAUCUCGUCGAAUCGGUCGAAGAUUUUUCCACCGAGUUUUUUCCCCCCGUGGUGCGGAUUAGACGUGACACACGCGAGUAUCGUCGACACUUGCGUGUCUGUCGAGCGUAUUUCCCCCCCCCCCCCUUCCUCGUACAAGGCAAGGCACACGGUUUAAUUUGUGUGGAACCGAGUAGCGCGUAUAACAAUGACCUCGCGGAUUAACUUCAAUCAGCGAAACUUCAGACUUCAGUCUUCUAACCCCCUUUGAGCAGGCCAGGCUUUGCUGAAUACGGAUAUACAAAGAUGAGGAGAAGAGUGGAAAAAAGAGUUUAGGAGAGAGAAAAAAUGUUGGAAAAUGGGGAAUUAGGAAGUAUUCACGACGAUUCGUUCGACGAGCACGAUGAACGGCCGUUUUCUAAAUUGUGGAUAAUUUUCGACGAAAAUGUAUCUAGGUUCUGCGAUAUUAAUUUAACUCAUCAUCAUUUUCUGGGACGAAGUUUAACGAAGUUACGAGCAACAGGCUGACGAAAGUUUAAGGAUCGCUAUCGGAGAGCAGAGUUUGGAAGUUCGUUCGAGGAAAAAAAAAAGGGAAAAGGGAAAUCUCUUCGUCCAAUCCUUGGAAAAAUUUCUCUCGCUCGAAUACACUUUCGCUGAAAGAACUGCGAGAAAAACUUUUAUUAACGGCUACACAAUUUGUUGCACGUCCACCGUCUCUGGCACGUGGCUAUAUAAUAACCAACAAACGAAUCCUCUCACCUCUUGUCUACACUAGUCGCUUGUCGACUCGAAAAAAAAAAACUUCUUUUCCCAUUUUUUUUCUUUUUUUUUGCCAUCUCAUCGGAGAGAAUUAAGUUAAACGAAAACUCUCGUACUCGGCAAAGUAUAUCGAGAUAACGGCUGGCAAAAUAAUUAAUCCACGUGGCAAACGAGCCAUCUUUUACGACGCAACUGCUCGUCAAAUUGAUGUAAACGUCGUCAUCGUGAUCUCGAAAUAGCGAGACGAAGACACGAGCGAGGCACUGUGUGGAUCGUCACUGUGGUUGACGACGAUUAGAGAAUCGAGUUAUUCGAUUUUUUUGGAAAGGGAUAGAAGAACGAAUAUUCGAUAAAGAUCGAUAAAGAAAGAAAGGAAAAGGAAAAGCGGAAGAGAUCAGGUAUUGAUCGAGCGGUGGUGUCGAUCAAAUUCGGGACGAUUUUACGAGGUAAACCAAGUCACAUUUUGCUCAUCAACACUGAGUGGUUCCAAUUGACGGUCGGGUCGACCCUCCAGCGUAGACACUAUUGGUCAGCCUUUUAAUACAGGCGGUCGCGAUUGGAUCAGAUACCAAGAUCGUUCUUAGACGGAAGGCAUCGCUGGAGCGGAUUCGGUACAAAACUUUUAACGUCGCCAGUGUCGCGCAAUUUGCUGCCUGCCCGUCGUCGUGCGCAAGGGUCACACAGAUCCACAAGAGACAUUCGCACAUCCAGUUUGUCUCAGUCGGUUUAAGUCGGUCAACGAUUGCGCCGAGCUUGUAAAAGAUAAUCAACCAGAGCAUAUACAGAAGGAAAGAAUUGGAAAUCAGGAAAUCGAAACCGUUUUUUCGUGCUCUGCUCACUAUCUUCGAAAGAAGAUAUUCUAUUCUCAAAUCGUUGGAAAAAGAGGGGAAAAAGAAAGGACAAUCGAAGGAAAUAAUCGAAUCCCAACGUUUGAUAACUCGAACAACAUCGUGGAAAGUUUCGAUUGACCAGUUGAAUGGCUCAUAUUUAUUGGCUCUUAUUAUUCGAAAGAUCUUGAUCGUUACGUUGCACUGCCUACUUGGAAAGAAAGGAGAAUCGAGCUUAGAGAGGAGAUUCGUGUUUUUUUUUUUAAGUAGUACGACGACGAAGAAGACAUUUCUGGCUGACUUCUUCGCGAGACUCGACUUUCCUUAGGGUGGAAAGAAGUUUGAGGAACAUCGAGGAACGAAACAAAUCCCAUUUGGUUUUACGCCACGAAGCCUCGUUUUUCCCCCCCCUUCUGGAUCAGGUUUAUCUUUCCGUCGGCAUCAUGGAACGAAGGAUCCUGAAAAUGUGGUGACGACGUGAUAGGCGAAGGCCUUCGAUUAUCGAGACACUAUCAAGUGGUGUGAGCCAUAGUCGUUAGAAAGAAAAUAUAUUUUUACGUGACACCCUCCCCAAGUUAAGAGCGACAAUCGUUUUUAACGUAUAAUAUAUACAUAUACAUAUAUACAUAUAUAUAUAUAUAAAAAAAAGAAACGAAUUUUUAUCGAGAAUAAUAAAAUAGAAAUAGAAUUUCUAGAAUUCAAAUCCUGAUCUAAGUUUCAUCUUAACUAACAAGUGACAAACCUCCAUCCCAUCGGACAUUUUUUAAUAUAUUCGGAUAAUCGAGAAUAAUAUAAUAGGAAGAAGAGAGAAAGAGUGAGAGAGAGAGAGAGGAAGAGAGAGAGAGAGAGAGGGAGAGAGAGAAAAAGAGUAAGAAAUAGCCGCCGUUCUUUCGCGAAACUCGUAGAUUUUCAAGAGAAAAAAUAGUGACAAAAUGCGUUGCAGCCAAGGUGUGGCGAUGGUAUUCGAGGACGCGUUCGUCGUCUUUUCGCGGUUUCUUUCCCUUAAGUCACGGGGUUGCGCACUCCUAGAAACGCAUCGGCAACGCGAAACAACUGGCAUCAAGAAAUUGUACAAUAGCUUCUUCGUAAUGUUCUAAGGAUAACUCUUCCUUAAGGAAGUUCGGCCCUUUAUUAACCGGUGGUCGAGUGAUGCACCGUGCACCUCCGAGAUCAUUGUCGAUCCCGAUCGAGGAAAAUACGCGGAGAAAACGCACAAAAGAAGGAGGACGUUUUGGUUAGUAAACGAAAGAAAAGGAACGAGCUGAGCGGAGGAAGCCGAGAAGCGGCGAAAACAAAGAGGAAAAAAAAAAGAAAAAAAAUAGAAAAAGGGGAAAGGACUGGAAAGGAAAAUUAUCCGAUGUGACUGAAGAAUGUUACGUUAAUGUUUAGAAAAGGAGAAGUCCCUAAGUCCCUUAAGUUGAUGCUAAGAAAUUUCAUCGUGGACGUUCUAACUAGAACUUGUAGAACUGGACUUAUAGCCUUCUCUUCCAAAACGGGCCACCAAAGCGUUCUCCAAAGAAUCUUUGAGCACUCUCUGAACUUGGUAAGGGCGAAUAAUAUAAUCGUGAUUAGGAUCAAAACAAUUGGUAUUCGAAAAGGUAGUAGUGUGUAGUAGCCUGAAAAGUAGAAAGCCUAACAACGAGUGCUUCGAGAUUUAAAGUCGUUGAAUGGAGCUCCAAUUCAUCAUGGACGGCAGUGCAGAUGCUUUGAAUGGAACGAUAUGGUUUCCCAAUACACCGUCACCUCCGUACGAACAGCUGUCCCCAGUUCGUCAGAACAGAUGUGAUCCCAUCGCCACUCAACACGCGAUGGGAUAUCACAGUGCAGAAAAUUCUUUACGGCAGGAUAAAUACAACUCACCGAAGGAUUCCCCGGAGGACGGUGUCCAAAUACGUUCGAGCAGCGAAUCGCCCCAACAUCUCAGCCCGUCUUCCGACAAUUCCCCCAAUUGCCAGCAGAGCACCCUGAAACGUCGAGCCGGAGAGCCGUUGUCGCAAAUUACAGAACUCGAGAAGAAGCAUGCCAAGAGAGAUGGAUCUGUCGGAAGCAAUGGUUCUGGACAAGGAUGGUCAACCCAAGUGGAGGAGCUGGCCGAACAUCUUGCAGCCGACUUCGAUGGAUCGCUCUCGGCACUUGCAGCAUCCGAUCUUGCAACAGCAGUCGCCUCCUACAAUAUGAGCGAAGCCUUGCUUGCAUUACCAUCAUUGACGGUAUUUAAGCAAGAGGCGCCGUCACCAGAAAAUCAGCAAAAUUCCAAUUUAAACCAUGUAUCACAGAGAACAAUUAAUUCGGCACCAACGAACAAUGUGAACAACUCUGUUGAAGCUGAUAGUAAUAAUAAUGGGCAGACAGCAGCUAGUCUUCAUCAGUUGCUUUAUCCCUCGAACGAAGAAUAUCCUCCAACAUCAUCCUCAGGAAAUCACGUGUCUUCCUCUCAACAGGGAAGCGAGCUCAACGAGGAUUGCCGUUUCCAAUAUGUGCUUGCUGCUGCUACUAGUAUUGCAACAAAAGUUAACGAAGAGACACUCACUUACUUGAACCAGGGACAAUCGUACGAGAUCAAAUUGAAGAAAUUAGGUGAUUUAUCUGCUUAUCGUGGGAAAAUUUUGAAGGGACAUCCAACGUUUUUGUUUCAGUCGACAAUACGCAUUUGCUUCCACGAGAGGAGACUUCAAUAUACUGAAAGGGAACAAAUGCUCGCAUGGCAACGCGCAAGACCUGGUGAAAGAUUACUCGAGGUCGAUGUUCCUCUUAGUUAUGGGAUGGUGGAUGUUUGUCAACCAUCUCCAUCAAAUAAUAGCGUAGAAUUUAUGUGGGAUCCUACCAAGGAAGUUGGGGUAUAUAUAAAGGUGAACUGUAUUAGCACUGAAUUUACGCCCAAGAAACAUGGUGGAGAAAAAGGUGUACCAUUUCGAAUACAAGUGGAAACGCGACUACCGGGAGGUCCUCGUUUACACGCUGCUUCUUGCCAGGUAAAAGUUUUCAAGUUGAAAGGAGCUGAUCGCAAACAUAAGCAAGAUCGUGACAAAAUACUGCGACGACCACCACACGAGCAAGACAAAUAUCAGCCAAGUUACGACUGCACAGUUCUCUCCGACAUUCCCCUAGACUCGUUAUCAUCAUCCAAUGUGAUUACACAAAGUGGUGGAAGUCCCUAUGCUUCAACAGAGGCAAUAUCUCCUCAAAGUCGCUCUACUAUAAGUGGCAAUACUUCACCAGUGGUAGCACCCUUGGCACUUUCAGUUUCCAAUCCAGGUAUCGUACCACUAGUUCCCGCUUCUGAUGCUGUGAAGGAAAACGUGGGAACAGCACCUGCUCUACCAUCGCCUGCGGCAAUUUUACCAGAUCAAUCUUGUAUCGAAACUGAAAGAUCGUCAUGCUUGGUUCAAUUGUCACCUGACGCAAAUGCGGCACAGACAACGACGUGGCUUCGUGCUAGUCGCUUCAACGCAUUUGAAUCCACGUUCGCAAGCUUCUCUGCUUCGGAUAUUUUACGACUCUCUAGGGAUGAUUUAAUUCAAAUCUGUGGCCUGGCUGAUGGGAUCCGAUUGUUCAACGCGCUGCAUUCAAAGGCGCCAACCCCAAAACUUACCCUAUAUUUCUCGCUGGAAGACAACAGUUCACUUUGGAGAGUCGCCUACUUGGACAGUCUGACCAGUAGUGCCUUGAUAAAUAAGUUACUGAACACCUUAAGUUUAUCUCAUGAUCGACUCCAUUCUGUUCUCUUUCUUGGUCCUCAGGGUAUCCAUGUGUUAGUUACCGAUGAAUUGGUAGCCAACAUGAAAGAUGAAAGCAUGUAUUUCGUUGAAACUAUCAAAGAUAAUGCGAGUGAACGCUACAAAUUGCUUCUAAAACCUUCGUCGCGUUCUUAAAAAGUACAACUACUGAUAAAUUAAUUGCAAAAUUAUGUAGUAGAUCUUCCACAUAUCCCAAAUUUGCCAAACGAAUCUGUGAUUCGAUAAAGAAUUUAUUACGUAGUAAGACAAAAGCAACUUAUUGCGUAAUUAAAAAUUUGUCGAUUUUUUUUUGUUUUAAAUUACGACAUUAUUACGAUAUUAUUAGAAAAUAUUUCUGAAUUAUUUAUUCAUAAUAGCUCGUAAACUAUUUAGUUUUUAAUUAAUUUGAGAUAAUUAUUUUAUACAAUCAGGUAAAAGGAAUAUCCAAGAAAUAUCGAAGAAUAGGCCUUAUUAAUAAAGAGACAAGGAAAUCUACCCAUAUUUUAUAUGCAAUACUCAUUAAAAGAUUCCAGUAUAGUUAUUUUCAGGAAAAUUGAUAUUUCUAAAUAAACAUGUUAUUUUCAGCAUUAAAAAUAUAUAUACAUAUAUAUGUAUAUAUACAUAUAUAUAUACAUAUAUAUGUAUGUGUGUGUCAAAUAAUAUCAUAUAUUAUUUUAUAUGAAAAUUUCAAUUACUAUAAAGAUAAUAUAUAAAUAAUUCAGUUAAUUUUUUUUAUUAGACUUUAAGUAAAUUGUUUAUUUUAAAGAAUAUAUACGAUGAUUACCGCAAUUACUCAAUCCUUGUGCCACAAAAAUUAUAAAUCUAAUAAGCGAAUAUUAUUAUUAUGAUUAUUCAUUUGGUAUAAAUCAAAUGUUUUGUUUUAAGUUUCAAACAAAACAUUAAUGAAUUAUACCGCUGAUGAAUAUAAUCCUUAUUUUACAUAAUAAAUGUAAUAAUAAUAAAUUUUUUUAUCAUCACGAAUUAUCUCAACAUUAAAUAACUUCUUAAGUCUUAAAAGAGUGUAAAAUCACUCCUAAAAGACGCCACUUUGCCAAAGCAAAGAAUAGAAAGUAUCAAUUAAAGUUUCUAUUCUUCAAAGUACGUCCUUAGAGAAAAUAUAAGUGCCUUAUUUUUUUUUCUUUCUUUUUUUUUUUUUUGUUCAUAACAAAGUGUUAAAUUUUAUUUAAUAAGGAUUUGACAAGAGUAAUGAUAAUUACUUUAUCCUAGAGAAUUCUAUUUCAGUACAAACUAGAAAAAGAUAAAUUUUUCUUAAAGAUUGUAAAUCAUGGACAACAUGCCAAGUAUUAUAAUUUACUAGCAAAUAUUAAAUCAUAGAAUAAAGGUUUUGCAAAGAAUGAAUUCCAGAAUUAUGAAUAAAUAUAUACAAAUUAUUGAAAUUAUAUUGAUGUUUAUGAUACAAUACUAUCGCUAACACUGGCUAAUAUUUUUUUCUAUAAUUUAUGUCUAAUCACAUAUAUUUCUAUAUGUGAAUUGAACUAGUAAGCAUAUCUCAAUCCUCAAUGUGACGUAAAACGCAUAUUGUUUAUAUCAAUUGAAUGAAUCAUGUAACAAUCGUUAGGAUUGUACAUGUGUUAAGAAAAAAUAUCUUUGUAUAUCUUAAUUUAGAUAUUAUAUAAAAUGAUAUUAAAAGAAUAGAAACUUAAACGUUCAUCGUGACACACAGAAGAAUGUGUUGAUUUGAUUGCAUGUUAUAUAGUAUUUUGACGUAUAUUAUGUAUGUCAUAAAAUGGCACAAUAAAUAUCCUUUUGCCAAAA